AUGGAAGAAUCAAAUGCAGACCUAUCUAAAGGUUCUAGACUACUGGUUGUGGUUAAUUAUUACGAAUGGACCACUGGUUCCAUAAUGCAUGAUGAAAUUAGAGGACACAUGACUAAGGAGACAUUCACGGAUCAAGAUGUUGUAAUAAUCGAGCUAAACAACAGUGUAAUAAACAUUCUACAUUGCAGCAUAGGAAAAGAUCAGUUCUAUAGAGCCUCAGGAUACUCGAGUGCCAAAGAAAUCUGGGAUCUGCUAGCGCCAAUACACGAGGGUAUGACUAAAGACAAGAAGAUCAAAUUGACCACGCUUAAAAGAAGAUAUGAACUAUUUGGCAUGAAAAGGAGGGAAUCAAUGAGAGAUAUGUUUGAUAUACUUGUCAAUAUUGAGGCAAAAGAAGACCGAUCAAAACUAAGGGCCAUAUCUAACGAAUCAGGCAGCGACAUAGAGGAAUCAAAAGUAGAAGUCCUUGCUAAUAAUGAUCAACACAAAGGGUGUUCAGUCUACAAAAAAUCAAACUCCAAGAAUGAGAAUUUUUCACCAUGGAGAGCAAAAGGAAAGUAG